CACACAGUCGCUCCCACCCUGGCCUCAAUCUCAAGUCUUCUUCAGUCGCUAGCCAAGAGUCGAGCGAGAUUGCUGCAAAAGCCGUUCAGUGCGACAACAUCUUCGGUCACGCGCGCGUAAAAGGAAUUUAUAUGUAGAUAUAGGGCCACCGCAUAAUAUAUACACACUUAAGAGGGAAGGCAAGAGGCAUUACAUAUACAUAUAAGUAAGGGUUUAUAUAGUGGCGAGAAGUUAUAUAUAACUACACAUGUGCAAAGGCGGGUGGUGCAGAGGAGAGAAGUGUAACCGACUUUAAAUACUGGCCGAUCGUCUCAAGUUACCCCACUACGAAAUUUCCUUUAACUUGUGUAAUAUGGGAAUAAAACCACCCCUUUCAGCUUAGUGUGGUGUCUUCUUCGUCGGCACCGUCGUGGCUCUCGCAGUCGUCGUUGAGCACUGGAGAGCACGUUCUUGUGCUCAGCCCCCCUCGAUACGGCAGCAACCCCUUAGAACAAGGGAGAGAUUGGACGCUCGGCUUGGGUGAUACCAAGGAGUUAUCCUUCUUAUAUGGUGUCACUCCAGGAAGUCGCACCACAUCUAAGCAGACGCUCCUACAGUUCGGACCUAUUCUGGUGCCGAGUUCGCAACUCUUCCAUCUCGAAUUAAGCGCAACUGUUCACAGCGACAGUUUUUUGCGGCGAUUUUUCCAAAGUGUGUGCGGCCCACAAGGAUUAAGUAACGUGCUUUUGCGGGCCAUUCGGGCAGACUUUUCUUGCAUCGAGGCAAAGUGUGUAGUGGACUCUUUUGGAGACACAAUUUUCGGACAUUGUGCUUCCGAAGCUCUUCGGCAGUUGUAGUGAUUUUUUCCGGGCAUUAAGUAAAAGUGACCAACGACUUUGGAUACCACUACCUCAGUUCCAAUGCGGAUCGCGCGAUGCUCGCGAGAUGCUCCCGGAAAAUCACACACGCCGCCCCAUCGUAAUUUGCGUUGAGUCCUGCAGCAAGGGCAGGUGGUAGAAUUGUUAUUUUGUGGUAAUAUGUCUUCAAUGCAGUUGAUCAAGUGGACAAUUUACAAUUAUGACUCUCAAUAGACAGUUUCAGGGCUCAGUGGAGCCGGACAAUGUGACGAUCACGUAGUGUUAAACAAAUGUGAAAAUCCCGAUAUAGACAUUUUAAUCACCUGAGCAAAGACAGAGUUAAAGAAUAUAAAAUAUAUAAUAAAAAAGGAGAAGAAAACGGAUUCAGUGGAAAGAAGAAGAAAAAACAACCCUUUGACGAAAGUGCGCGUUUCUCGCCCCGAAAAGAGAAGAAGAACGAAAAAGCAAAGUGAUAGGAUUCCCACCAAAUUGACAUUUUUCACCCCUGAACACGCCAAAGAAACGACUUAAUGGUGACUCUUCUUUCGGUUGAUGUGUCUCUGCGGCCAAAGACAUUCGCUAAAUUGAGAACAUCACCACACACAUCAUCAACUCUAUUGUACCACACUUAUUGCGUCACUCGUGUCAGGUCCAUGCGAUGGAAGGGGAAUUCUAAGGCCGGGUUAAGAGAGGGGCAUCGUCGGCAAGUGGAAGGGGCAUUGAGUCGUGCGAUACAUCCAGAGAAUCAAGUAUUGAGUAAUAAGUGUAAGCAGACGAGGAAUACGUUGAAGAACAUUGGAGGGGGGAACACAUCUCCCACUUUUAUGGUCACUAGGCCAAUAAAGUUGUGUUGUUCUUAUGAUGUCAUCAGAGGAGGACACAGACUGUUACGGCUUGUACGGAGAUAAGUUACUGAAGAAAUCCAAACGAACCAGACAGCGUGUAGACGCGGGCGAACCAAGAAACAGUUACUCGUCAAUACCGAAUUUCAGUUCAAGACCAUCCUUCAUGAGUGGAGGUCUCUACGGGGCUAUCUUUAGCCAGAGUCAGCAGCAUUUCGGACUGUUCGGCCCCAACUACGGGCCCGCGAAGAUGCUCAACGAGUUGUUGGGCCGCCAAGUGAAGCAGGCGCAGGACGCCUCUGGACCGGACUUACUGUCCACGAUGGACGUAGUGAACGCGGACGGUGUGGCCAAUCAUGGCUUCGAGGGUGCCCAGCUGAACUCGCCGGCCGGGGGCACGGGGAGCGCGAGUGGUGGUGCAGUGAUACGCCGCGGUAGUCUCGGCGGUAGUGGAAGUAGUGUGGAGCUGGACGGCGGCAGCACGCCGCCCCAGCCCAGCGAUCUGGCGCACCACAUGCUGCGCAACAUCCUGCAGAACAAGAAGGAGCAGCUCAUGGCGCUGGACCAGGAGUUGCGCGCCGCCCAGAACCACCAGGCGGGCGGCGGGUCGGGCGAGCGCAGCUCGCCGGACAACAACAACAGCAUCAACAAGAACAACAACAACAACAGCAUCAAUUCAGACGCCAAGGGUGACUCGGUGGGUGGCAAUUGUGGCAGUGGUGAUAUGAGUGACUCCAGUGAGUGCGGUGGCAAGGUGAUCAAGCGCAAUGACUCCAUCUCGUUGGGCGACUCGAGUAGUGCCGAUGAGACGUCACAGGCGGGCCAGGAUGUGCGCUCCCAACAGAAUCACAUGAAUCAAAAGGGUGGCCAGAAGAAGGACUCCCUGAGGACAAGAGACGAGCUGCUGGACGACGAGAUGGGCCUGAACUCGCGCUCAGACUCCGACUCCAUGCCCUCCCCCGAUCCGGACGACAGCCUCCUGCUGCGGCCCAAGGAGGAGCUCGAGAUGGACAACGACAAGGAUGGCGGCAUGUCGCCGUCGCCCCAGGGCAAGGGUGAGCCGCCCGUGGCGCUGGACAUGAAGCGGGCGCGCGUGGAGAACAUCGUGUCCACGAUGCGCUCCAGCCCGGCGCUGCCGCCGCAGCAGCCUCAGGUGAAUGGGUGCAAGAAGCGGAAGCUGUACCACCCACAGCAGCACGACAACAGCGCCGUGGAGCGAUACGCGGCCUCCGCGGCGGCGGUGUACCUGGGCCUCGGCUCCAUGAGCGAGGACGAUGACGAUGGGAUCGAGUCGCCGCAGAUCCACCAGAAGCGCGUGGAGAAGAACGCCCUCAAAUCCCAGCUGCGCUCCAUGCAGGAGCAGCUGGCGGAGAUGCAGCAGAAGUACGUGCAACUGUGCACGAGGAUGAACCAGGAUUCAGAGAGCCAAGAGGCGGACGACAAUUCGAGUGAUCUGGAGCAGGAGGACGUGAUCGAGCAGCCGAGUGAGAAGGUGCAGCGGAUGCCCAUGUCAUCACCGCUGAAGGAGCUGCCAUCGCCUAAGACAUCUACGCCCAAUAUGCUGUCUCAGGUGAUGAGCAAGAUGCUCCCGGGGAAGUUGCACUCGCAGCUACCGCUGCACCCUCACCUGCCGCCCAGCUUCAACGGGGCGCAUCCGCUGCUGCAGCACAUGCAGCACGGGGCCGCGAGCAGUGCCGUGCACGAGCUGGCCGCGCUGCAGCACCCGCAGCACUCCCAUCACGCCAUCAGCAACGCCGCUGCCAUGUACCUGGGCGUGAGUCAGAAACUGUUCCUGGAGCAGGAAGCCCGGAUGGCCAAGGAGGUGGCGGAGCACAAUGAGCGAGAGCGCGAGCGGCUGCAGCAGCAGCAACAACAGCAGCAGGCGUCCACGAUGCCAGUGCAGCAGCACCAGCCGCAACAUCAGUCGCAGCCGCCCAGCCAACCGCAGCCGCAGCCCACACUGCCAAUGCCGGCGCAGCAUCCGCCUCAGCCGCCGCCGCAGCAGACUCACCAUUCGCCCGGCCAACCGCAGCAGCAGCCGAUGCAAAUGCCGCCCAAAGUGGCCGCGCUGCCGUCAGACCUGUCGGACAGGCUCAGCAUGAUGCGCACGGCGAGCGCCGUGGGACCAAUGUCGGGCUCCGACCUGGAGGGGCUCGCCGACAUGCUAAAGUCAGAGAUCACGGCGUCGCUUUCCAAUCUUGUGGACUCCAUAGUGAGCCGCUUCAUCCACCAGCGACGCUUCCUCGGCAAGCAAUCCGAGGCGGCGGCCGCGGCCGCGGAGCAACUGAGCAAGGACCUGAUCAUGGCGUCCCAGCUGCUGGACCGCAAGUCGCCGCGCACCAAAGUGGCGGACAGGCAAGGUGUCGUGCAGCAAGCAGGUAAUGGACAGCAAGUUGUUAGUAGCCUAAGUCAGCAGACGCCAUCGAGCCAUGCGCCGGCGGCAAUGAUGACUCAGGGCGGACCUCGGAUGAACGGCAGCGCGUUCCCACCCAUGGGGAUGCCGAUGCACGUGAACGGGCCGCAGCAGCAGCACGAUAGUAGUUUAGCAAUGAAUAUGAAUAUGCCACCUCACGUUCGUCCCUCGCCCACAGCGGCAAUGUUUCAGGCACCCAAGCCGCCCCAGCAGCAGCCGCAGUCGCAGGCGCAGGGACAGCAGCAGAUGAACCCCGUCACGGCGGCGGCGCUGUACAACUCCAUGAAGCUCAAUGACUUCUGCAUGCCAGACCCGCGUGAGCAGAACCCAGAGCAGACCGAGGCGCUGCCGCUGGUGGUGACGCCCAAGAAGAAGAGGUCCAAAGUCACAGACACGCGCAUCACACCGCGCACGGUGAGUCGCAUCCUCGCCCAGGACGGCAUUGGGCCGCCACAGGCCCAGAUGGAGAGCCCGAGCAACGGCCCCGGGAAGCCCUACACGAAUCCACCCGUGAGUGUGGCCACGAGCACGCCAUCGGGGAGCCCGUCGCCGCGGCCCUCGUACCAUCCGCCUCCACCGUCGAUGAUGCCCAUGUCACUGCCCACGUCCGUGGCCAUUCCCAAUCCCUCGCUCCACGAGUCGCAGGUGUUCUCGCCCUACAGUCCCUUCUUCAACCCCCACGCGCCGCACGGGCCGCACGCGCCCCAGCCGCAGCCCGCGCAGCUCCACCACAUGAAGAUGUCCUCAAGCCCGCCCGGCCUGGGCGGCAUGAUGGACACCAGGGACUCGCCGCCGCUGCCGCAUCCGCCCACGAUGCUGCACCCGGCGCUGCUGGCCGCCGCGCAUCACGGCAGCUCGCCCGACUACGGCCACAUCCGCGCCGCCAUGGACACCAACGACCGCAACUCAGACUGCAACUCAGGCGAUCCAAUGUACGAGCCUACCUCGUCAACAUUAACACCCAUGCACCUGCGGAAGGCGAAAUUGAUGUUCUUCUGGGUGAGAUAUCCCAGUUCGGCUGUCCUGAAAAUGUACUUCCCGGACAUCAAGUUCAACAAGAACAAUACUGCUCAACUCGUGAAAUGGUUCUCCAACUUCAGGGAGUUUUAUUACAUUCAGAUGGAGAAGUAUGCACGUCAAGCUGUCAGCGAAGGAGUGAAGAGUGCAGAUGAUCUGCACGUGAGCGGCGAUAGCGAAAUCUAUCGGGUCCUCAAUCUGCACUACAAUCGGAAUAACCACAUAGAGGUAUGCCGUGAUCAGGUGCCCUCGAACUUCCGAUAUGUCGUGGAGCAGACUCUUCGUGAGUUUUUCAAAGCAAUUCAAGGUGGCAAAGAUACAGAACAAUCGUGGAAGAAGUCGAUAUACAAGAUUAUAUCGCGACUGGAUGAUCCUGUACCGGAGUACUUUAAGACUCCCAACUUUCUGGAACAACUUGAGUAGGAAGAUUGAUUGAAGAAGCGAACAACAAAAAAAAAACAUUAUCUUUAUGUUCUUCAAAGUGAAGAGAGAGACUUUCUUAACCAAAAAAAAAACACAAAAAAGAUGAAUAAUGUGAAAUCUGAAUUAAUUUAAGAUCCGACUAAAAUGAAAUUUAAUGGUAUGAAUUUGAGGAAGUAGCUUACAGAGUUUAUUUUAAGAUGAAGAGAAAAGAAUCUAAAUGAAGUAUUAUGCAAAUUUAUCGAUUAAUUGAAAUUAAUACAAAUUUAUUGAGAAUACAAAAAAAAACAUGGAGAAUCGUUUAUAGUGAAAAAAAAGAAGAAAAAUGAGGAAAGAGGAAAGAACAAAGAGAAUAAAAGAUACAUAUAACAACUUUUGUGGUUCCUAUAAAUGUAGUGUGCUUACGUCCAAAUAACAAGCGACUGCAAUUAUUAUCGACGAUAUACUCGCGUUUAGGCCUUCAUUUCAAAAAAAGAAGAUGAAAAAAUGAAAAGUGAAAUAAUAUUAAAAAGUAAAUAAAAUUAAUCUAAAUUAAAGGAAGAAAAAAAAGAGAAGUGAAAAAAGAAACAGAGAAAAUUAUUAACCAAAAUUUUUAGUCAAAAAGUAACAAAAGAUGGAAAAAAUUUCAACAAUGUUAAGGAAUGUUUGAGGACUACUGAAAACCUUUUUGAUAAGAAACCAAAAAAAAAAAUGAAAAAUCAACUACUGGGCAAAAUGUUUUUUGAAUGAAGAAGAAAGCAGGAAAAAAUUGAGUUUUCUUUUGGACUCUGACAACCAGAAAAAUCUCAACCACGUCGUCAACCGCAAACCACAAGCAAUAAACCAGGAGCUCCCGAAACGAUAUAAGCAUCAACAAUAGGAUCAAAUGACAGCAAACCCAAGCAGCCACAGAAUAGCGAUAAUUUCUUUCAUUUUCGACCACAACCGAACAACAUCAAACUGAAUACAACAGAUUUUGAACAGGACAACCGAAGAGAUAUAAAUGUAUAAAACCACACAGAAUAAUUUGUCUAACUUAUAGCCGAAACUGUUCCGCCAUUCAAAGCGGAACAAACAACUAAAUAGUCAUCAGGAUAUCAACCAAAUGAUUGUGUCACGUGUAAACUGUAUUGCAGCAGCAACAUUUCUUUUCAACAGAAUGAUAACCAAAAAAAAAAAUGUAGAACAAAAAGCGAAAAGCUGAGAAAUCUUGUACCACAAAGUAGCAAUUUAUCAACAAUGUAGUAAAGAGGGGGAAAAAAGCCAUUUCUUUUGUACAUUUUCAUGAAUUUUCUUGGAGAAAAAGAAGUAUUGAGUGAGGAGGACAAAAAUGGGGGAAUACCAAGGCAUAUGUAUUGAUUUAUUUCUCUCAUUCUAACCAUCCAUUUAUUGAGCGCGUGUGUGCAUCAAUGAAUGGCGAAAAGCUACGCUGGCGUUUUAUGUUACUGUCGGUUGAUUUCGACUCCAUAAAACUACAGCUCAGCACAAUGUGCAUUCCAUGUAGUGUAUCAAGUCAAAUGCAACCGAUUCCAAACUGUAUAAGAUUGAUAAGGAAAACAACAUAUUUGUAAUAAUGCCAAUGUCUACAAUAUUUGCAUAAAAUACGAUGUAAUUGUAUAGUUAGUACAUCAGUGGGUGGGUCAUUGGCCGAAAGCGCAUAUCAAAGAGGAGUGCUGAAAGCCAGAGAAAAAAAAACUCCGCCAAUCACCCCACCACCGAAAAACUGCCACUAAACUACCAUAAAGUUGUGUAAAGAGGUAAAAAAAUUAAAGAUAAUAUUUAUACUGUAAAUAGUCGUGUCCAUCAGUAUUUCGAGUAAUAAAAGACAGUGGUGAAAAUUUGAGUAAAAGAAAACCAGGCGAUUAUAUGUAAAACGAGUAUAAAUGAAUGAAAUCAAUAAUGAGCAUGGAAGUAAUUAUAAUAAUAUGAAGAAAAAAAUACCAUUAAUAUAAUCGUAUAGAUAGUUUCAAUAUAUUUUUUAUUUAAAACCUGUAAUAUACAGACAAGAUUUAUUUUACUUUAUACACACCAAAGGUAUGAUAGCAAAAGACUAGUCUUGGAAUUAAUUGCACUUCAUGUUGUUGCUUUUUGGGACUAACAAUGUGUUGUUGAAUUAAUUCUGUUUAUAUAUAUAUUUUGAUAAUUGCGUCUCUAGACUCUUCUUUUUUUGUAUCUUCUUACAUUGAGUGACAAAAUUAGUUUAAAAUGCUAUAUGUAUAGAUCAGAAGAUCUGCUAGAGUGUGAUGAUCACUCUAAGUAUUCUGAUGACAUUUGAGAUGAUUUGUAAAUAUUCAUUUUAUUUUUCUUUUCGAUAAAAUCUUCCCCUUAUCUUCUUACCUUUUCAAAGCCUAAAAGUAACACUAGAGAUAACGUAUAAAUUAAAGUCCGCAUUUAAUUUAAAGACUAGCGAUUAACCAGGCUGAUUAACGAACAUUGCGGUUAAAAGACAGCAAAGAGUCCUUGAAAACUAUUUUUAAAAGAAGAAUCAAUACACUUGAGGUUCUUGCCACUGAGUCAUACACAGCCUCAAAGUGGCAAACGGUGAGUUUCCUAGUCUUGUAUAAUUAAAAAGAUAAACAAAAGAAAUGAUGAAAAGGAUGAGAAGAAGUCUCAAAACUUGAAGAUAACACAGAAAUAUUUAAUAUAUAAGGAUUUAAGGGCUACAAAAAAAAUCAAUUUCACACACUAAUUUUACCAAAAAAGAGAGAAAGAGAGGUGAAAAAUUAAAUAAAUUAGCAAACUUUAUUUUAAAAUGUACAAAGAAUCUUUGGAUUGUAGCUAUUAUUGAUAAUUUUAUGUAAUUAAUUAUUGAUAUGAGAAGAUUAUGACAAUUAUUGACUAUUAUUAUUUAUCAAUUAACUAUUGACAUGAGAGUUAAUUUUAUUUAGAAAAUAGAAAAGACAUGCCUUCAAAAUUUAAAAUGAAUAAAAACAAGAUAAAAAUUAUGAAAAAAAAUACUGACAAUGUAACUGAAUUUUGUGAUAAGAGGAAGGAAAAAAAAAAUUACUGAGAAUCGCCAAAUUGAAGGCUUUUCUCGCUCAAUUUUUGGUAGAGAUGUUUGGCUAACGACUUGAGAACCCACUUUUUUUCGGUAAAAACUCGGCAUUUGUACACUUUUGGUUGUUCUUCUUUCUGUUUGUGUCCCUCCGGGAUAUCUUUUGGUUUGUUUUGUUUGUCCUUCCAAGGAGUAAGUAUAUAAUUUGAUUUAUUUCUGAUUUAUCAAUACCAAAGUACACCUCAAAAUUCCUGGAUCGAUCCUUGAAGUCCUAAAUUAAUGCACGUACUUUUAUCAAACUAAUUGUAGAAAUAUUCAGCGUAGAUUUUACCCAGAUUCUUAGCAUUAAUGAGGAUGAGAACUGGGCGGAAUGACAAACUUAACGCAGAGGCCCCAGAGGAAUAAUGCCAAAAAAUGAACCGUAGAAUCAGUUGUAGUGACGUUAUAAUGUAGUCACGGAGUGUAAUUGAAUAAUUUGUAAUUUUUCGUAAAGUAAGUGUUGUGUAAAGAAAGGAUGUCGCGAUGCAGUUUACACCGAUAGACAACAAUUUAAGUGAGACUUUUUGAAUAUAUGGUAUGAAAAACAUUUUGACGGUAAAUAGAUUCUCAAACAGGUAACAAUGAAGUAAACCAGAUGAAGAAACCACAAAAUGCAAUAGUCACAGAUUUUGAAAUGAAGAGACAAAACCCAAUUAAUAACAGGAGAUUUACCAAAAAAAAAUCACUAGAGACAGUGUAAUUUAACCGAUUUAUGGAUGUAUUGGAACUGAAAGCAGUAAAAUGAAUUAAUUGUGUAUGAAUUUCUAACCAGACAAACCAAUGGAAAACAAUAGCCAGGGUAAAACUCUCUCAGUUUUACAUGAAACUCUAAUUAAAACUCCCCAAAGUAAGUCACUAAAGAUCACAGAAUUUCCCCACAUGAGAUCAUCGACCCGAUUACAAACUCCUGGACAACUUCUGGCAAAUAACCUCAAGGGCAAAAAGAAAAUAUGAAUCACAAGUGAAACUGUUUCGCACCAAUUUGCACUUAUAGUGGGUGAAAAAGUGUAAAAUGAUAUUUAUUGAGACGAUGCAAAUAAACAUAGAUGAAUUAAAAAAAAAAGAAAACAACUUCAACAGCGAACUUCCAAAGACAGAGAGGAAUUCUAGUGAGGGAAGGAUUUAAUAAGAAAAUAUAUAUCAUCAUUCAGUCUUGCAGUAAACUUUUGGCUUUGCGUUCCAGACAGUCGGAAUGUUUGCAGAUGAAUAUGAAGACACAUACCAAGUAAAUUAAAACAAAGUAGAUGUAAAAAGGAUUAAUCUUUUAGUUACUGUGAAAAUUAAGGUAAAUUCUAAAUAUUGCAGAAAAUUAUACGAAAAAAAAUCUGAUCACAAAAUUCCAAAAAAAAAGAUCAAUGAAAUGUAGAACUUGAUGGGCAAUAUAGAAUGCCAAUCAUGUUUCUUCUAUGCGGCACUUAACACAGCAAAUAUAGUGAUUGAUUUGAAAUAGAUGAGCGGAGAGAAAGGGUUUAGUUUACAUUAAGCAGACUUUCGGUCAUGAUGACGCGUUUUGGGAUUACAACACAACAUUUCAGGGGGUUUUUGACGGCUUUUCGUUUCCACAAUAUACUUAAUAAAAGCAAAACUACAACCAAUUAUGUCAACAAUAGCAAUCGCGAGCCAGUCUCGCGAACCGGAUUAAGUUUGUAUACAAGAUCACUGAAGCACCAGUGAUCCGAACACACUCAAAGGUGACCAAAAAAUGUGAAAACAUAUUACCACAAAGUCAUUAUUUUACCACUUACGCCAUCCUCAUUUGCAUUGACGAGCAUGAUCUCAAGUUGCAGCGAUCGAGUCUACAGGAAAUUCAAAAUUUGUUGAUAUAUAUUAACAGCAGAAUCUGUACACUUGGACAAAAUGUACCAAAAUGCAAUAAUGAGAUCUCAAGACGGAAGGCUACAAUAGAGGCCAUUCGGGGGCGAGUCCUGCGGGACUCGCCGUUGCCACAUAAAGUUUCAAAAGGGGAAAAUUGAAGGAGAAUAAAAAUAUACCGAUAUUGUGUAACAAGAAUAGGCAGAAGCUUACACAGAUACGACAGCGGAAGGAACAGCAACUCGUUAUCAAAGUCGUAGAGGCGUCGCUGAGGCGUCGCCAAGUCGCGCAGAUAAUAGUGAAAUAACCAGAAUUUAUGAUAAUAUAUUUUUUAGUUACAAUAGCGAAUGAAUCGCGCUCUCGCGGGGGGUGGAUUUUGCAACGUGGCGAGCGAUGGUUUUGGGCGAAUCAUCCUGGCCAUUUAGGGGCACUAGGGGGCCCCCUGUAGGGUGCGCGGAAGGACUUUUUUCGUUUCCACAACCACCAAAUAAUGCAAAUCAAGCAGUUAAUUUUUACUCACACCGUAGGGACAAAAUAUGCGGAAAGCGAAGUGAAACACCAGCAGAAAAUUAACUUGUCAAAUCAAGGCAAAUCAUUUACAUCAAGUGAAAUGCUAAAACAACAUAAAGCUCAACAACCAAGUUUCCAAUCAAAUGCAAUGAGGACAGAGUUGCGACUCUGUCCACAAACCUAAAUGUGAUUGUGUAACUAUGAAAAGAUGAAAAUAUUACAUGGUAAAAAUAGUUAAUCAAUCAUAAUGAAAAUUUUUUAAUUUGCAAUAGUGAGCGGACUGUGAAGUCCGCAGAAACCGGGAUAAUUUAUAGUACAACUCAAUAAGAAAUGAUGAGAAACAACAUUUAAAAAAAAAAAAACACAGAAACCAAUUAAUAAAACUAUUUAUAUUUUUAUACAAAGUCUUUAUAAUAAAAAAUACCAAGUGGGAAAAGAACAGUCAAGAAUUUAAAACCAAUUGACUACAGCUUAAUCGAUUUAUCAAAAUACCUUCGCGGUGUCGUCGUCAAGAAUUUGUAGAUACAUUGAAGAGCACAAUUGGCAGACACACCAAGAAAUAUGGUUUUUUAAUUGUAAUAAGGAUGAAACAGAAUAUAAAAAUUGGUUACACAAAGCAUUUAAACGUGAGAUGAGAGCAGUAAAAGGGCAGAUGAAGUAUAAUAGGCAUUUUUUACAACAAGUGUUUUUUGUAGAUAAAUUAAACAUCCUCAUUUGAUGCAACAGACGAUUUCCAGUCGUGCGUAUAUUUUUAAUAGGACCGUAAUACGUGAUAUAAGCCAAGAAAAAAAAACACAAGCGUAAUAGACAUUAAAAAAAAAACGAAACUUUAAGACAAAAACCUACAUAAAAUCAGAAAAGUAAGAAAUAGAGAAAAAGUAAAUAAAAAAAAACAUUAAAUCAACAAAUUACCACAGACUGCAAUAAAUGUGAUCAGAUAUUAUAAAGUAUAAAUAUAGAUUAUAUACAUAUACUUGGAAUUAAAAAUAUUAAUUAAUAAUGACUUUUACAUUUACCGCGAAUAUUCGCUGUCGGAAGGAAGAUUACAGUAUAACUGAGAUGACAUGGAUCAAAUGUAGGAGCGAGCAAAAGAUGUGACCAUUCAUUUCAACAUUUUUAUUAAAACCAACCAACAACAAAUCGAAAGAGAUCUGAAAAUCAAACACGGCGAGCAGUAAUUUGCGAAAUGGGUAAAGAAAAAAAAAGCCACGGCAUUAGGAAGAUCAGCAAUUUACCAAUGAUAUUGUAUAUUAUAUUUAUAUACAUGUCAAAAUGGAAAACAAUUUAAGUGUGUCUUGUUUUGGGAUAUUUUUCGGGGAUAUAUAAAUAUUUAUGGAACAGAACAAAAUGACAAAUAUUUAUAUAUGUAUACAAAACAUAACAAUAGUCGUGGAUUGACAGUUUUCUGUCACAUCCACACCGGGUUUAUUUACAAUUCUCACCAGCCAAUUCAUUUGCAAUAGCAUGUAAGCAAGAUGCCGCAGUGAGGCGCCCUUGGCGAUGGCUCGUCCGGCGACAUUACACCCAUCUUCACAUCCCAAUAACUUACUCGAAUUUACGCGCCGGACAGCCUAUCCCAGUGCCAACUGAAGCAUUGAACUACGAUACAACUGGACGCAGGGUGAUUAGCAAUGUUCAAUUCCACGAUUACUUUGCCUCAUUCUUUACUCUUAACCGAUUUUCUUUUUAAAUAUCAAAACUGCAACAAGUUUAAUUGAUUCAUUUCAAAAAGCAGUUGUUUUGAGCAGCUCAGCAGAACAAAUUAUUUGGCCGUGUCCUUCUGAAGCGCCGCCCAUAAUUGAUCUUCACCUAUCAAGGGGCGGUUUUCAUGGGCAAAACAAAGUGUAAUAAAUUGUUUAGCUAAACAAAACAAUAGCUCCAAUAUUCAUCAUUCAAAUGUGAAUUUAACUCCCUAAUUUCCAACACUUUGAUUUGCAUUUUAUCAAUAAAAAAAAUGUUCAAAUAUCUUUCAAUAGAAGCCACUAAACUGCCAAAUCACCCUGCAAAACUUCUAAUUAUGUUCACCAUUAAUACAACAAUAAUAAUUUGAGCAAUUAAAAGUACAACUUAUUGAAUAAUUUUCUAAAAAAAAACAAGCAACAAAAGUAAUAUAAAUAUACAGUACGAUAACAAGCCAUGAAGGAAGAUUCAGAUAAAAAAGAAACUUUUUAGUGAAUAAUUGUGAAAAUCCAACCACCUUUUCAAAACCCUAUCAUAACCAUUUAAAAAAAAGAGAGAAAAGAAGAAAAACCCAACAUUCCGAGGCAGAUGAAAAAUUCUCUAGGAUAAUUAUCAUGUGUAAAAAGAGGGUGAAGUAUUAGUAAAUAUAAGAGAAAUACAUGUUCUUCAUUUUUCAGAGCAGUAAUUAAUUGUUGAAUACAUCCACUUGAAUAAUUUUUAAUGAUGGAUAAACAGAGGGAAACCAAAUGAAAUAAACUCAUCUUUAUUUUGACAAUAGUGCCAGAACAAGUUUUUUAUUGAAAAAUACAGCAAACUAAAUAAAUGAAAUAGAAAUGGUGAAAUAGUAAUCUAAGUAAGUAAUUUUUAAUAUAAAGGUUUAAAGAACAAGACAACAACAUAAUAUUACCAUUUAAGAAGAUAUAGAGUAUAUAUAUAUAUAUAUUUUAAUUUGCAAUAGAACAAAGGAUAGUGAUUAUAUGAGGAGAUUUCAACUUAUAAUGGAUAGAAGAACCCAAAAUAGAAUCAAAUAUUUGCUCAACUGAUAACAUCUUCUGUUAACGUAACAUCUUAGGUUCUGUAUUAACAACAUCUCUUUCGUUUACUUUCGCGUUACCAUCACAACAUUUUAUCGAUGAAGAAAAUGCUACUCUACCAGUGCAAAAUGCGGAGAGUGUGCAGAAACAGUUUCACUAGGCUUAAAUGUUUACGCUAAUCUGACAGUAAAUCCGCGAGAAAGUGUCGAAAAAUAAAAAAAAAACCGGGAGCAUCUCAGAUGUACAUGAAAUUCGUGAUCUCUAGUGCUGAAGAUAAUUUGCCACAGAAGACAGACCUAAAUGGGGUAAAAGCCAGUAUAAAAACUUUCGUGGAAAUUGACUCACAGAACAUAAGCAUGAAAAAAAACCUCUCCGCUGUGAUUUCCACGGAGGACCACCGAAGACAUUCGUCGAUCAAUUGAAAAGCACGGCAUUUUCAAUUGUCAAUUGCAGUAUAAUAACCGUCUCGAUAAACAAAGAAAAAUAAAAUCAUUUAAAUGUAUUAUUGUAAGAUGAUGAUAGCAAGUGUAGGCUGAGUGUAUUUCAUCUCAUGAAUGAUAUUCAUAAUAGUUGAGGUAAAAAAAAAAAACAGAACAAGGUGUUAUUGAGAUGAGCAGCAAAAAAAAGUGAAUUUGACGCUGGACGCGCCACUAAAAAAAAACCAUGCAAAAUUGUAUAAGGAAAAAGGAAAAACAGAUUUAACAUCUCCGGAAGCCCAAAAUUCGAAUAAGUAUUUUUGAGAGGCAAGGCAAAAAAAGAGGACAUUUUGAAAAAUUGUCAAAAACUCAUUACGAAUAUUAACAAUUCGCGCUUGAAGUGAGCAUUUUCAUUCAAUUUCCGUUUUGUGUUUUAUGUAUCCAAGCCUUGGUUCUUAUUCAAAUCAUAGCAUCACCACCAGAAGCAAUUACUAACGUCGUAAUGUCCCCAAUUCUGGGCGCCAGUCCUGAAUAGUGCAUGCGACGCUACGAUGACCCAGUAAUUACGCAUUAGAGUGCAGAAGUAUGUAAUCUGAUUUGUUGAUAGUAAUUGUGAUUUUUCAGUUUCACUCAUAAACAGUAAGGAGUUAUAACAUGAACAGAUCAUGAAGCAAACAAAAAAAAAAGAUAUUUCUCGAUUGUUCUAGAAGCACUUUGGAUAAACUUAAGGGAAAACAAUGUAUUUGACUGAUCAAAUGAAACCACCAGCUUGAUAUUUGAAUCAGUCGUGCGUGAGAAUUCAUCUCGGCACGUUGGAAGAUGCAUUAAUGCUUGACCAUUAUAUUUCAAAAAGAAAAAAAAAUCGAAUGUAUUAUAAAACUAAAGGAAAAGCGUAUUCAUAGUAUCUAUCAUUAAAUAUGUAAAACACAUAAUGGACACGUAAUACAUUACACAACACUACACAGAGACACAUGACAUCAAGACAUUUUCAAUUUAGAUGAGAAUCCAUUUGAUUUCUUGAUAAACUGGAGAGAAAAAUAUUCCGAGAAUUAAGGAAGAGGAAACAAUGACUCCAAAAGAGAAGGGAUAUGUCUUUUCUCAGGUAGUUGAUGUUGGUUAGAGAACCAAUAUUCCACUGUGAAUUAGGAGAUAUUGUAUGUAAUUUCAAUUUAAACAUGAUAAAUAAUUUUGCAUUGAUGACAAAUUUGAGAGAUCAUCAGCCCGUCUGACGAGGUGUAUUGAUAUUAUUCCAAAGUUGAUAAGUUUGUAGUUUGUAGAAUUUGACACCCGAAGAGAAGAGACAGACAGAGAAGAUAUGUGUUAGCAUUUAAUGAGACAUGAGAAGAACGAUGAGAUUCCGAUGGAGAACCAUGAAGUGAAAGAAUCGCCAAUUGACAUUCGGGGCAGAUUUGUAGAUACCAUUUUUGAAGUACAUUGCAAACAGUGACCAACAGCAUAGGAAUGUGUAUGAGAGAGGGGGAGGCUUGUGGCAGCCAGAAAGGGGAGUAAAAUAUCGGGGCUAAACCCCUUGGGAUUUGCCCAUCUUUCGUGGAUGCACAAGUGGAUGUCAAAAUGUUGGGUGACAAUUUAAGGAACAAAUCAAGGAAAGGUAAUAAAAAAAUAUCCCAUCUGACCACAAAGGAUGUUGGUGAGAACACUUUAUUUUACUUUUCGUCAGUCGAUGAUGAGCAUUAAUUUCGAAUAGAUGAACCAUAAGAUGUAAUGACACUACAAUCUCCAAGAUUUCGUAUGUCACUGAUGAGUUAUCUUAAUCACAAUCAAAAUGUUGAUUUGUCAGAAAUGAUAUAUUAUGUUUAGAGAUUCUCAGUUGUCAACACAAUGAUUUGAAUUUAAACACAAUUUGCAAAAACAUGUGGAUCAUGUAAAUAAACAAUUUACCGGACUUUUUGGCUUUACCAUGGUAAUAACUCAAUAAAACAAGAUUUAUUUCUGGAAAAUGGAACUAAUAUGUAUUUUGAGGUUUUUCGAUAUAUAUAUAAGAUAUAAAAUGUCUGGACUAAUUUAUAUUUUCCAUAAUACACACAUUAUCAGGCGGCUCUUUGAGGUGAUGUUAGUUAAAGAGAUGAACAUGAUAGUUGAUUAAAUAUUUCUGGAAAUAAACCACGCGUAUAUUCCUUAUUAUUUCUAUAAGGGUGCUGACAAACAAGUUCAUUGUAUGAUUUUCUAUGUGAAUUUCACUCUGGACCGACAACAUAUCUGCAGAUUUUUCCAAAAGAUAAAAAAAACGUAAGAAAGAAAGAAAAGAUAGUAAUGAAAAUAUAGAACAAAAUUCUAAAUCACACAAUAAGAUUGAAUGUACCGAUUUUUGGGCGAUACAACCACUCACAACAACAACAACAACAGAAACUGAAGCAAAUAGAGCAAGAAAAAUAGAUCGGUACAGCAUCACUUAGGGAAAUGAUUUGGAAUCAAUUUUGUAAAGAAGAGGCUUUUGAUCAUUUACAGGACAAUGGAUGUUAAUUUUUGGCAAACAAGAUCCUUCUGUUCAACAAUCGUUCUCGGCAAUGUUUCGGAUUCCCGGUCAAAAGUUGAAAAUAUCAAGAAAAAUGUGACUAAAAAUGACAACACAGAAAGUCCUGAGCAAAAAAAAAACCUUUUUGAGAACUCACAAACGGCGAAAAAAAAUGUGAAAGAAAACAAAGGCAAAAUACUAAAAGAUUAAAUUAAAAUAAAGGAAAAAUGAAAUGAAAGAAAAACGUAUAUAGAAAAUAUCACGAAAAAAGUACAAGCUUAUUUGAAGCACCUUCGCGCCUUAUCUUUAAAAUUAAAUUUAAAAUUAACAAAAAAUGAAAAACAAGUAAUUAAUUAAAGGUAAUUAAAAAAUUUUGAGCAAAAGUAUGAAAUUGUGUGUAAUUUUUACCAAAAUCUGCCUUAAAUUAUAUUUUCUUAUAUACAAAAAAAUUAAAUAAAAAGUAAUAAGUCCUACUAGUGUGAUGAUUUGCUGUAUAGAAACGUAAAAGAAAGAAAAAAUUAACUUUAAAUCAACACUAAAAUGGUGAAAAAAAACAUACAUUUCUCACAAUUUUUACGAUAUAGUUUUUCGGGUCAUUUGUAAAAGAAUGAAUGAAAUUCUACCUAAGACAGCAUUUUCACAUUACAGAUAAAAAAAAUCACAUCAAAAUUCAUGCGUCAAAAUUCAAAAUUUUCCAUGAGAAAGAAAUUUCAAUUGCAUUAAUGCAAUUAUUCACUGAACACUAUUGAAUUUCUUUGAUUAACAAAUUGAUUUUUUUGUAUAUGAUAACUUUAAGGUAUAUUUUCGUUGGAUGACACUGAAAAGGUUGCUUCCACUAAGCUAGAAAAAAAACACACACACACACGAGAGAAAGAGGAAAUGUGUGACAUUUGUAAUUCUCUCAGCGAGUAACAAUUUUUCAUGUCAACGUACUCAUUAUGUAUUGCUUUCGUGUAUGCACUUUGUUUGUUAACUUAGUACAGAAUGGAAAAAAAAUUAAUCAACGGAUAAAAAUUCAAAAUUGAAGUGAAAAAAAAUUAUAUCCAAAAAAAGUAAACAUUCCACAGCAAAUUUACUCCCCAUUCCAUAAAAGAAAACUACAAAAUACACAGGAAAACCAGCAGAAACAGCUUAGAAGCAAAGGCAAUUGAAAUAAUAACUAGUAAACAAUAAGUAAAUGAAGAAAAUACAAUUAACUACAGCAGAAAAAAAAGAAAUAAAUGGUAACACAACUCAAUUCCACCAGAACGUUUAUGCUUUGUCAUGUACGGAUGAUUUUAUGUAAGUGAAUUGACACUUCAUUUCGAUCAACUGCGGACCUUUGCUUGCCACUUGCGCACGCAGGGUCUUGAUAACACAGACAAUUCUUCCACAUGAGCCUUUAACUUAUGCUCUGACCUUCAUUGCCCCGCCUUAGUUGUCCUUUAUCCAACCUUCUGUCAUAGUUGUCAUGAUUUACAAGGAAACACACAGAGAAAAACCAACACAUAUGGAAUGUGUCAAAAUUGAUGAUAAGAAACAAUUGAGAAAAUAAAUUGUAAUAAUUAUUAUUGAGAAAGAUGAUAAGAAAAAAAAAUUGAUGAUAGUGAAAAAAUGGAAUACAUGAAAAACUCUUACAACUGGUAAAAAAAAUCCAAUUAUUAAUUAAAGGAAAAAAAAUCAUUAAAAAUAACGCAUCAACAUUACAUAAAGAAUUAGUACGUAUAUUUAAAGCAGAAGAUGAAGAAUUACAUUAAAAUUACAUAAAGAAUAAUUAAAAGAAGAAAAAACUUAAAUUAUGAAUUCUUUUGAAUGUGGGAUGUAGUAUAUGUAAAAUUGUUGGAAAACUAGGCAUCGACUUGCUUCCUUCUCGACGCUCCAUGCACAAUAUUAUGUAAUUUUGACCGCGAUGAUGCUUUAGUUUGGAUUAUCAACUGAUUUUCACCAGGGUUUGAGUUAGUUUAACCGACAAUUGUAAUCUGAAAUAGGGAAACUGAAGUUCUUGAGUGUAUAAUUUGCAGGCUAGCAUGUGUUCACGUGUGGGGAAGAGGAGAAAAAGAUGCUGAAAAGAAAGGAUUUUUGGGGACCUUCUCAGAUUCUGCCACAAUGACUAAUCAAAAUUUUGCAAUAGUGACACGAAAAGAGACUUUCCGGAGGAACUUAGAAGCGCACUUGCAAGAAGUGAUCUCAGAUGGAAAUAUGGGAUACUUAAUGAUUGGUUUAUUAACUGUUAAACAACCACCAGCAAUUUGAUUGAAACAAUUUAAUGUUGAUCUGUUGAUUGCACAACGAACAAUCUCGGCGUCUAAAGGGAGAAAUAGUAUAAGCAUUUCCCAAUGAGAAAACCCUUGCAAAGUGUGCCAUUAAAAAUUAAGAUAAAAAAAAAUCUCUUCCGACAUCGCAACAGCCCAAGAAUCGCCAUUGCUUCAGCAAAUCUCCCUCCGUGAAUUGAUUAACUUGUUGACGAUUGAGUUGAAGUAUUUAUUUAGACAGUUGAGGGAAAGAUUAUUUCAACACUAUUAAGACACCACUGAAGAUUGUGCCAAGCAACGCAACAACAUCACUCAUUUGCGAUCGAACACAAAUAGUUGGGUGCUCUCAAAACAGAAAUAGCCACAAAUUUCUCUGACACACCCAAAUCCGUUCUUGCAAUAGUCAAUGAAGGCAAUCAAAAAAACAAUAAAACUAGGAAACACAAUGCAAAAAAAGAAAACGUUGAUAAAAAAUGACACUGUGGAAAAUGCAAAAAGUUACAACUUUGGUGAAGUUAAAAAAAAAAACGAGCGUUAUUAUGAUGUUUAGACCACAACAACAUUACCGGUAAACAUGUUUUUGUCAACAAAAAACUUUUUGGCAAGAUGGCAAUCAAAAAUUAAUACAUUCACUCGAGUCAAAAUUCAAAAUUACACGUGAAAUAACCAUGGACUUAAAAAUGUAAUGGGCCACAUCGUCCGAUCUAAAGUGCCUUCAAAAAUGUUGAUUUUUUACGAAAAAAUGAAUAAUAAAACUAAAAAUAUUAAAGAUACAAUACAAAACGGGCCCUUAAUAGACUUCUCGCCCCACCAAAGUAUCCAACUAUUUGAGUACGAUCCACUGUUGUAGUGUUUAGUUAUCUAAAAAGAAAA